AUGACCAGGUCAAUUUUAAUAAUUACUUUUAUUACAAUACUCUUAUUUCAUGUACAUCCACCUGAUGUAUAUUGUCAAAUUGCAGAGAUAGCUUCUUUAGUUACUAGUAUUUUAGGUGGUGCAGGAAAUGGUGCAGCUAUUGGUAAUGCUGCUGCAGCUGGAGCUGGGGCUGCUAAUGCUAUUGGUAAUCUUGGAGCAUUAUAUCAAUUGGCACAAACUGCUAUGCAAUUAACUGGUACUGGUGUUGGUAUCGCAAAUCAGGCAGCAGAAAGUCAAUGGUUUCCAGUUGUUGUUGAACAAGCAGCAAAAAAUCAUCGAAUGAUGACAGAAAGAUUAGCAGCAUUUAAUUCUGGAAGAAUUGUCAAUCCAUUAUCACUAGGUGGUACAGAUGGUUUUGGAAGCACUGUCACAUCAUAUUAUAAAACAACAACUGAAUCAACCUUGCCUAGUGAGUAUGGCUCAAAAAUUGUUAUAACAGAGACAACAGAACAUCCUAAAACAAGUAAAAUAAAACUUGAUUUGACAAAAGUUGACAAAGAAGAUAAUGUUGAAGAGUAUGAAGAAGAAGAAGAAGAAGAUAAAGAUAAAUCAGGAAGUGGAUAUAAAAAGGAAGAAGAGUAUGAAGAAGAGAUUAAUAAUAGAGUUGAUGUAGAUAAUGGUGAAAAUAUUGAUGGAUCAAACGAAAAUUUAAUUAAAAAUGAAAAUAAAAGUAUAACAAAUUCUAAAAGUAAUAAAUCUAAAAGUAAAAAAUCAGAAGAAGAUAGUGAUAUUGAUGAAGAAAAUAUAAAAACUAUAAAAAAAUUAAUGAAAAUUUUAAAGCAAAGUAAUUUAAAGGAGAGUGAAUUUGAAGAGAUUGAAAAACAGUUAAUCAAAAAUACAAACAAAAAUAAGAAAGAUGACAUUAAAAUAACAACUAUACCAACAACUACACAAAAAUCUACAACAUCAACACAAAAACCAACAACUACUACUGAAGAGGAUUACACAAGUGAGGAAAGAAAUGAAUCUGAAGAAAGAAGAAGAAUCAUUGAAGAAACUAAGAGGUCACUUGGAAGAAGGACAACUAUUUUACAAAAAAUGACAUCAUUAAAUCCUAAACAUGUUACAUUAAUAAAACUUAUCUCAACAACACCAUUACCAGAUUCAGAAAAAAUAUUUCCAAUUCCAUUAUCACAAGCAAUAAAAUCUGAUAAUAAUAAACCUGGAGAGAUAAUUGAAAAUAAUAAAUUUUUAACAACAACUACAAUUAAAAGUCAAAUUGUUGAAAAACCACAUAUUAUUCUUGUGAAACCUGAAUCAUCAAUGUAUAAAGACCCACAAGGUGGUGUACCAAUUGAGAGUGUUAAAAAAACACCAAAAAGAAUAUUUACAGCAACAAUACCAAUAAAUCAUGGUAAUAAUAUUAAAAUAUCUAAUUCACAAAAUGAGAUAACAAAUCAUCAAUUACCUAAUAUUAAUUAUAUAAAUAAAAAUGGAAGAGUAUUUCAACAGGAAACAUUUAAACCAAAUCCAGAAAAUUUUACAUUAAAACAAAUAAAUAAAAAUAGUCAUAUAGGACAGUCAAAUAUAAUUAAUGAAAAAAAUAAACAAUCAUUUAAUAAUGUACAAAAUGGCAAUUUUGUUAGAUUUAAUGGUGCUACAACUUUUAAUUCUAAUAGUCAAAUGCCAUUAAAAACUAUUUCAAAUGUUAAUGUACCUUAUCAACAAAAUAUAAAUAAUAGGCAACCAUUACCAUAUCAAAAUAAUAAUUAUAAUAAUAAUCAAAUAAAUAGAUUACCUCAAAAUUAUUAUAAUGGAUUAAAUUAUAAUAAAGAAAGUGGAAAAACAUCUUCACAAGGAUAUAAUCAUCAAUUAAAUGUACCAUAUAAUAAUGGUUAUCAAAAUCAAUAUAAACCUCAAGUUAAUCAAUAUCAACAAUGGACAGGAUAUACUAAUAAUUAUCAACCAAAUCAGUACUAUCAUAAUUAUAAUCAAAUAAAUACCAUUCCAAGUAAUAAUAUAAAUUCAUAUACAACAAAUCAACAAAAUCAACAACGAGAAAUAUGGAGAAAUGGUAGAUAA